AUGUCCAAAACUUCUAAUAAAGGGGGCAAAACCAGAUCAAAUGAAGAAGUUUUUGCUGGUUUUCAAUCACUUCGCAAUGAACAAAGGCAAUUAGCUAAUAAGAUAUCUGAAUUGGAAAUGGAUCUGAACGAGCACAAGAUAGUGAUAGAAACAUUGCACGCAGUGGAGCCUAAACGCAAAUGUUUCCGGAUGAUCGGUGGUGUCUUGCUGGAGCGAACUGUGGCGGAAAUCUUACCCGAGCUAGAGACAAAUAAAGAGAGAUUACCGAGUGCCAUUCAAGCUCUAAAUGAACAACUGGCGCGUAAGGGCCAAGAGAUCAAUGACUACAUUGAGAAACAUGAUAUUCGAGUACAACGUGGCGCCCAACAUUCUGCAGAGGAACCAUCACAGGAUUCCUCAAGUGCUAAGUCUAAUGUCCUUGUGGCCAGUGGUUGA